AUGUCUCAACUUGAACAACGAAGCUCUUCAUUAUCCUCUUCGCAUGUCCAUUCGUUUUCUUUGAUUGAUGAAGAAAAGAAUCAUCAAGCCUUCUCUUCUUCAUCUAUUGUGGAAUCAUUGGAGUGUUAUGAAGGAAGAUUGAUGUUAGAGCUUGUCAAUGGAUACGAUCAGCAGAAUUUUGGUUCACAACGAAACAAUGAAAAUUGGAAGUACAUCUUGCAUCCGUUUACCUUGUACUUGAAGUAUUCGGAUUAUUCCAAUUAUUGUCCCGAGAUGAAUAUAGAUUUAUUGAAUACAUGUAUUGAAUUUGGAAGAUGUUUUCAAGUUCACGGAAAUGAGUGGACGAAUUAUUUAGAUUUACAAUUGGCUUGUUACAUUCAUCCAUGCGAUUCAAAUACCGAUGAUGAUAAUUUUGAGCGAUUUUAUUUUGAUCCACAAAAAGACAUUCCUGAAAAUUGUUUUGUGUCAUUGUCAGAUAUUAUUUCUCAAAAUGAUGAUGAUGAUGAUGACGAUCACUUUACUAUUAGGCAAUAUAUUGAAAAACAACAAGAGCAAGCAACUGGAAAGAAGUUGAGUAUUUAUUUAUCAUGCAACUAUCGCAUCAAGUUAAAUAAGAACAUUAUUAAGGAAAAGAAUUUUCAAGUGAUCAUGCUGAGCUCGCUCAACUCUCCUCUUUUAGACGUUUCUUUAAGCGAAAACAUUGAAAUAUACAAUGAAAACAAUUUCAUAGAACGAUUUGGACGAGUAGCCAUCGUAUUACCGAAAAGAGCUGACUUGUUCUAUGACGUGUAUUGUAGUAAUGAUGCAACAACAUUUGACUUGUUAAAUGCAAACACGGAGUGGAGACAGGCUGAUUCUCUCAAAUCAGAUCAACAUUGGAUAUUCAUAUCUCCACAGUUGGAACGAUCUCGUGAUUACUUGUUCAAAGUAAUUUGUGUUCAAAAGGAGAACACUUGGAUUCAGUAUCCAGUUUUGAAAUGCUCACAACAAUCGCGAAUUAUUGAAGAAAAAGUCAUGAGAGUAGCAAUUUCUGACUAUAACGAGGAUAUUCAAAACGCAUCUGCACUCGCUCAAUGCCACUUGAAGCUCAUCGAGUUUCACAACUUGAACCCUAGCCUUUUCAAGUCUUUGAAAGUGAACAGCAAUCCAUUGUUUCACAUUGACGUCUCUCUCACUUCCAUAGGAUCUUCUAAUCUUGAUGACAUAUCUAAUACUAGUACUAGUAAUUAUUUAUUCAUUACGGAACGAAUUGCACGAGUCGAUCAACACGACGUCUCGAAAUGGAAAGAAAUACCUCCUCUCACCUCUCUCGAAAACACUGAAGACAUGAAAAAUCUAGAAAUUAAUCCCAAAUUGGACUAUAUGGUACGCUUCUAUUGUGCCUCUCAGUUCGAUCGGCAUCGAGUGUUGCGAUCUCCCAAUAGUUCCUCAAAAGCCAUUCCCUCCUCGUUGGUCAUGUGGAAAGAAUUAGCUGCAUGUGGUGAAUUAUCAAAAACCUAUGACACAACCAUUCGAGUCAUGACUCGUACACCUGUGUUCUUUGUAUUUUUGACUGGAUUUUCCUCUCGGUUUCCUAACGAACAAUACUAUCAUUACAAAGUCGAAGCGAAGAGAAAGGACUUGCCCAAUGAACAAUGGUUUUCCCUUAAUUGUGAACUAGUUCCUUCCAAAGUUUGCAAAGACAUUUUAUUAAUUCGAAACGUGCCUCUCACAUAUGUCUGUAAAAUCUCACCUCGUAGCAAUGAGCUCAUGGCCUAUGGAAAAACGUACACAAUUCGAAUUUCAUGUGUAAAUCCCAUUUCUGGAAAUCAAGCAAUUGUUAAGGAAUUUUCAAAAACUAUUUCAAACUUUAACUAUUGUCCACAUCAGGCUACUGAAAUAUUGGAGAGAAAUGGAGGCAUGCUGGCAUUUCAUCAUCCCAUUGUAACCAUGUACUUGUUUUUAAAUGGUGACAUGUUAUGUUACAAGAGUGUGACUUUGAACACUAUUGAGGAGAGAAUCUUGGAAGGUCGAUUUAAACUAACGAAUUUAAUUUCUCGCUCUGAAUAUGAGAAAAUUUUCAAUUCCUCCUCCUUUUCAACCACAUCAGUGACAGAAUCCACAAAAACAACCAUCGCUCACAUUGAAACCGUUUUCAUGCAUCGUCCAAAGAAUGCUCCUCACUUACCAAAACAAAUCUAUGAAUAUACCUUUAAGAUUGUAUUUAAUCAUUGGACGAAAUGUUAUGAAUUAUUGGAUAGUUCUGAACUUUUUGUGAACGCACAGGAUGUCAUGAUGACCGAUGAGGACAACACAGAAAAGAAUAUACUUUAUUUACAGCAUUACCAAUUAGAUCCAGCCCUUGCACAGAGAAAUAUGUGUGGAUUAAAUGCGUUAUGGGAACAUCCGCAUCGAGCCAUUCAAUGGUUUCCAAUAUUGGAAAUUCACAGAGUGUUACAAUUUCAUGAUGUGGAAUUUACAUUUCAAUAA